GUAAUGCAACAAAAUGUUGUCAUUUUUUCAGCUGCUGUCUUUUGUAGAUCAAUCUUAUUUUUGUACGGAGAAUACCAAGAUGCACAUUACUCACUGAAAUUCACCGAUGUGGAUUAUAAAGUUUUUACAGAUGCAUCAGACUACAUCAGUCGCGGAAAAUCGCCAUAUCAGAGAGAGACGUAUCGCUACACUCCCAUUUUGGCAAUUAUGCUGCUACCGAAUGUAUGGUUAUUUCAUUCCUUUGGAAAAUUAUUGUUCUCCGUUUUCGACCUACUCACUGCACAUGUUCUGAUCAAAUAUCUCGAAGAUGUGUACAAAUGCAGGAGAGAAGAGAGCUGUAAGUGGGCAUCGCUGUGGCUGUUCAAUCCACUCAUCAUGGCCAUAUCCACCAGGGGCAGUGCAGACUGUAUUAUGUCUUUCCUGAUGUGUCUUCUGUUGUACCUCAUGGCCACACAAAGGACAGUGGCCGCUGCUGUGGUGUAUGCUGUGGCCAUAGUGUUCAAACUGUACCCAGUCAUUUAUGCCCUGGCUCUCUUCAUGUAUCUACAGCUGCACUUAAGUCCAACCAGAAGCCAAUCUAAUAAACAUGUGGCCACAACAAUCAAUCUUAGACAACUCAUCCUUCCCAAUUGCAAUACUCUCAUUUUUGCGGCAGUUGCGGCGUCUGUUCUGAUUGCACUCGUAGCUUGUACGUUUGUGGUGUAUGGCUACGAGGCAAUAUUUGAGACAUACAUUUACCAUCUAAUACGAAAGGACACAAAGCAUAAUUUCUCAGUCUACUUCUACAUGUUCUACUUGGACAGUGGAAAUAUAGCUGCACAUCCGUCUCAUUACCAUAACUUACUGCAUAGUGCAAUCAAUUUUCUACCUUUGUGUCUUCAAGCAGUCUGUAUGAUUUGCGUGGCUUUGAAGUUCAGCCACGAUCUGCCAAUGUGUUUUUUCUUCUCCACUUUUUGUUUUGUCACUCUGAACAAAGUGUGCACUUCGCAGUACUUUGUCUGGUAUCUCACAUUCCUUCCGCUGGUCGCCUACAAAAUACACACCAACAUCACCCUGAAGAGAGCGAUCAGUCUGGCAGUGUUGUGGUUUGUGGGCCAGCUGGUCUGGCUAUAUCCUGCAUAUCUUCUAGAGUUCGAAGGAGUGAACACGUUCGAGUUCAUCUGGCUGGCCAGUCUCUUCUUUUUCCUCAUCAAUGUCUACGUCAUGUGCUCUCUCGUGCAUUCCUGUGACACCAAAGACAAACUAGCAAAGCCCGAAAAAAUCAGUUAGACUUCCUAGAAGCCUUCAGUUGUACUUGAUAAUUUGUUGUUGAUUCUUUGAAAUGCAAUUUACACUGAUACAUUCA